UCUUGUCUGGGGCUCUGGAGAGGCCGGUGGGAGACAGGAAUGGAAACUGAGAGGACAGUAGAGAGAAACUGAGCAGGGAGUUGCUGAAAGGGUUUGGAUGAGAUGACUUUUCUGCCAAGGGGUCUAGGCUGCCUGGAUUCCCUGGGGGUCCCAUAGGUGUCCUGCUCUACAUGUAGCCAUGCUCAUCUGGGGCCAGGCUUUGGGUCAGCGCUUUGAUAAGGAAGGACCCAGGAGUCAUGGCUUGGUGGUGUCUGGAUGGGCUUCCCCAAGGCCUUGCUGAGCCAUGGAGAGAACUCCGGCGAUUGGGCUCACAGCCCCUGCACCGCACACCUUCGUCGUCUCCAUCCAGGAACAGCAGAGACUGUAGAAACUUAAGGAGGAGGGUAAAGGCACUGCCCAGAAUUCUACAAGAGAACAUAGAUGACUGGACACAGAAUCUAGAGACUUCAGAUGAUAUGGAGGUGUUUCGACGUUCAGGUUCCACCAGGCUGAUACCCCCAUCCCACUUCCAAGCUCGGCCCCAUCCAACUCUGCCGAGAAUGGCUCCCCCUUGGGUCUCAGACAUUCCCUUGGUCCAGCCCCCGGCCCACCAAGAUGUCUUAGAGAGGCUGUCAGACAACCAGAGACCUCAAGUGACCAUGUGGGAAAAGGAAGUUUCUGGCAAAGGGCAGGAGCCAGGGUGGCGAGGCAGGUCCGUGGAGCUGGCGGGGUCACAGGCCCUGAGCCAGCAGGCUGAGCUGAUUUCUCGGCAGCUGCAAGAGCUGCGGCGGCUCGAGGAGGAGGUCCGGGUGCUGCGGGAGACCUCGCUGCAGCAGAAGAUGAGGCUGGAGUCCCAGGCCAUGGAGCUGGAGGCGCUGGCACGGGCAGAGAAGGCCGGCCGUGCUGAGGCCGAGGGCCUGCGUGCUGCCCUGGCCGGGGCUGAGGUUGUCCGGAAGAACCUGGAAGAGGGGAGCCAGCGGGAGCUGGAGGAGGUUCAGAGGCUGCACCAAGAGGAGCUUUCCUCCUUGACACAGGCUCACCAGGAGGCUCUUUCCAGUUUGACUCACAAGGCUGGGGGCCUGGAGAAAUCUCUGAGUAGUCUGGAAACCAGGAGGUCAGAGGAAGCCAAGGAGCUGGCUGCGGCCCAGAGGGAGGCUGAGCUGCUGCGGCAGCAGCUGAGCAAGACCCAAGAGGACUUGGAGGCUCAGGUGACCUUGGCUGAGAACCUAAGGAGAUAUGUGGGGGAGCAGGUUCCUCCCGAGGUCCACAGCCAGACGUGGGAAUCAGAGCGACAGGAGCUUCUAGAAACUGUGCAGCAGCUGCAGGAGGACCGGGACGGGCUGCACACCACGGCUGAGCUGCUGCAGGUGCGCGUGCAGAGCCUCACACACAUCCUCUGCAUACAGGAGGAGGAGCUGGCCCGCAAGGUUCAGCCUUCAGACUGCCUGGAGCCCGAGUUCACCAGGAAGUGCCAGGCCCUGCUGAAGCGCUGGCGGGAGAAGGUGUUCGCCCUCAUGGUGCAGCUGAAGGCCCAGGAGCUGGAGCACAGAGGAUGCGUGGAGCAGCUGAAGGGACAGGUGGCAGAGCUCCAGGAAAGAGCUGAAACCCAGGGCCAGGAACGGGCCAUCCUGGAGCGCUCCCUGCAAGACAAAGCCGCGGAGGUGGAGGUGGAGCGGAUGAGCGCCAAGGCCCUGCAGAUGGAGCUGAGCCGCUCUCAGGAGGCCCGGCGCCGGAGGCAGCAGCAGACGGCCGAGGUGGAGGAGCAGCUGAAGCUUGUGGCCAAUGCCGUCAGCAGGUGUCUGGGGUGGAGGCUUUCAGGCCUGGCUCCAGAGCACCAUGGCCGAGGUGGAGCGGGCCACGGCCCGGCUGCCCAGCCUCAGCGCCCGCCUCAGCUAUGCCGUCCGAAAGGUCCACACCAUUGGGGGUGGGUAGAGCAGCCUCCAGAUGCGCCCCGCCCCGCAUCCUCUUUCCCCUUCCUCCCGUCUCCCCUCUUCCCCACAAACGCAUCUCUCUGUUGCUCUUCUACCUUUUCUCCCCCAGGCUUGAUGGCUCGAAAACUGGCCCUUGCUCAGCUGCGCCAGGAGAGCUGCCCCCCACCCCCACCGGCCACCGAGAUGAGCCUCGAGUUGGAGCAGCUGCGGGAAGAGCGGAACCGCCUGGACGCAGAACUGCAGCUGAGCGCCCACAUCAUCCAGCAGGAGGUGGGCCGGGCCCGGGAACAAGGGGAGGUGGAGCGGCAGAAGCUGAGCGAGGUGGCCCAGCAGCUGGAGCAGGAGCUGCAGCGCACACAGGAGUCCCUGGCCAGUUUGGGGCUGCAGCUGGAGGCGGCUCGCCAGGGCCAGCAGGAGAGCACGGCGGAGGCUGCCGGUCUCCGGCAGGAGCUGACCCAGCAGCAGGAGAUCUAUGGGCAAGCGCUGCAGGAGAAGGUGGCCGAAGUGGAAACUCGGCUGCGGGAACAGCUCUCAGAGUCAGAAAGGAGACUGAACGAGGCUCGGAGGGAACACACCAAGGCCGUGGUCUCCCUGCGCCAGAUGCAGCGCAAAGCCACCCGGGAGAAGGAGCGGAACCAGGAGCUCCGGCGUCUGCAGGAGGAGGCCCGAAAGGAGGAGGGGCAGCGGCUGACCCAGCGCCUGAAGGAGCUGGAGAGGGACAAGAACCUCAUGUUGGCCACCUUGCAGCAGGAGGGUCUCCUCUCCCGUUACAAGCAGCAGCGACUGUUGGCAGUUCUUCCUUCCCUGUUGGAUAAGGGGAAACCUGUGGAGUCUGGCCCCGGGAACCCUGAGUCUUCAGCGCCUGCGCCUCCGGCAGUGGCCCGCUGCACCAAGGAGUCCAUCAGAGGGUUUUCUUUCUUAGGAUCCCUCUCCGACCUGCUGGAUGACCUGCAGGGCCUGAGUGAGGCCAUUUCCAAAGAGGAGGCUCUUUGUGAAGGAGAGAACCAGACCUCUUCUACUUCAGUCUGCCUCUGAGCAGCUGCGAUGACCAAGGAUGAGGAUGGUGGAGAAGUGGGCCCCAGAGUGGGGGGGGGGGGGGGUCCCGCCCAGCCCCUUCCCCAUCUGGCCACCGUCAGGACAACAGGCACCAAGAUGUCUGUGAUUUCUCCUGUGACUCACUAAAGAUGAUGCCUACAGCAGGAGCCCUUGUUUGGACAGCUCUCUUUAGGAAUAAAGGGAAUUUUCUCUCUGCA